AUGCAUCGAUUUCCUCGAGUUUUGAUGUGGAUUACUUUGUCCUUAUUUAUAGCUGGAAGUGUUCAUGUUUCGAAGUAUGUGUUUGUUCUCUAUAAAUAUGAUGACGUUCCUGCUACAUCAUUGACUCAAACAGAAUAUUUUGAUAACAUCGAUGAUGAUGAAGACGAUGAUUAUAAUGAUGCAAACGGUGGUCAAAACGAUGAUGAUGAUGAUGACAAUAAUAUUGAGGACGAUCUAUGUUCCAGCUUUCCUUCAAAUAUAUUUCAAUCCGAAAUGAAUUUUGUCCAGAAGCAACGCAGAGACACACUUAGAAACAGCUGCAAUCGAUUUCAGACAAACCACACCUCCAGAUUAUUCCUCAACAAAUUGAAUGGUAACAUAGUAUUGUAUGACCCCUUUGGGUUCUUGUAUUGUCGAAUACAGAAGGUGGGAUCUACUUUCCUUCGCAAAACAAUGAAAAGAUUAUUUGCCGGAUUGGAACACCGCGUUUUGCCAGGUAGAAGUAUUCUUCAUAAUAGAUCAGCGGAUUUCAUUGAUUGUCUGGCAAAAUCAUCAAAGUUUAUGUUUGUUCGAGAGCCAUAUGGGCGAGCCCUCUCUGGAUAUGUAGACAAACUGUUCGCACCUAAUCCGGUUUAUUGGAGGAUAACCGGACGCCAUGUUGUGCGAAUGGUCAGAGGAUUAAAAAAUGCUAGUGAAUUAUCGCUGAGAUGUGGUCACGACAUCACAUUUCCAGAAUUCAUGAAAUACCUGAUCAUCUCUCAAACAUCAUUAAAAUAUCGUGACAGACAUUUUUUCCCUAUGUAUGAACAUUGCUUUCCAUGUAAUAUCAAUUAUGAUUUUAUCGGGAAAAUGGAAACAUUUCGAGAAGAUGUGACAUUUUUACUGGAUUCUUUUCAUUCAGCUUUUGAUGUUGCGAUUUCAUUUGAAGACUUUGAAAAGGAAUCUGAUUUGAAUAUAGCUAAAAAUCAGCUGACACGACUCUUCUACUUUAGAAAAAAAACAGAAUUAUGUGAACCAUUCCAUAAAUCACUUUUACGAUUCUGGCGAGAUCUCCAGAUUCGAGGAAUAAUGCCUAUAGAAGUCAAGAUGCCGUUCACCUCAGAAGGAGCAAAAAACGUCUCAAAAUCAGAAGUGGUUGAUAAAAUUACUAGUAUUAUCCAAUCUAUACAAAACCGCACAAAAUUAAAAGAGCAGAGAAUAGAAGCAAAACUGGAGGCUUUUAGCCAAAUACCUACAGAUAUUGUAAAGGAAUAUACAGAACUUUAUCGCCUUGAUUUUGAACUAUUCGACUACCGAACAAACCUGCGCUUUAUAAAAAAUUUAACCGCCCAGAGGAAUGUCUUCAUCAGAAUCUCUGUCAUUGUCCAAAAUAAAACAGCGAACUUCAUCGUCUUCCGCCCCCUCCUCCUCUGUCUCAAACGUAUAGCUGGCUAUGUCCUGAAAGUGAAUGAGAUGAUCCUCACUGUCAUCUAUCUUGUUGGAGAUGCCACAGCUUAUAAAACACUUCACCACAGCAUCAAACAGAUGAUUGGCCGAUAUACAAACUAUGUAUUUUCUGCACCACCAACCAUCCAGCAAUCAAAGGAUACAGAUAAUUACUUCGACAGAUACGACAACAAUGGUGAUGGUCAUAAAGCUCACAAUGGCGAUAUAUUUAAAAUUACAAAGAAUUUUGUUCAGGAAAAACGUCAAGACAGUAUAAGACGCAGUUGCCAACAUUCUGAUAGCAAUUACUCUUCACAAUCAUUCCUCAACAAAUUGAAUAAAAACAUAGCAUUGUAUACCCCAAUGGGGUUCAUAUACUGUCGUAUUCAGAAGUCGGGUUCUACGUUUCUACGAGAGAUAAUGAAACAAUUUUUCGAAGGAAUGUUCCAACUAGAAUUGCAAGGUCAUAAAAUGCUUGUAAAUAGAUCGGAGGACUUCAUUACUUGUCUAGCAAAGUCAUCAAAAUUUAUGUUUGUUCGGGAGCCAUUUAGCAGAGCCCUGUCGGGAUAUGUAGACAAACUAUUUGCUCCUAAUCCGGGGUACUGGAAGGGACUAGGACGCCAUAUUGUCAAAACAGUGAGAGGAUUGAAGUCUAGUCAUAAAUCACUGAGAUGUGGUCAUGACGUCACAUUUCCAGAAUUCAUGAAAUACGUGGUCAUCUCGCAAAAGACUUUGAAACAUCGUGACAGGCAUUUUUACCCAAUGUAUGAACAUUGUUAUCCUUGUGGUAUUAAAUAUGAUUUUAUCGGUAAAAUGGAAACAUUUCGAGAGGAUGUGACACUUUUGCUGGAUUCCUUUAAUUCAACAUUUUCUGUUAAAAAACCACGUGCAGAUUUUGAACUGGCACCCGAUUUGAGUAUUGUUGAAAGUCAAAUCAAGCGAGCUUUUAAUUUUAAAAGUGAAACACAAUUGUGUGAGCCAUUUCACAAGUCACUUAAAAGAGUUUGGCGACUUCUUCAAAUAAGCGGAGUCCUUCCAUUAGAAGUCCAAAUGCCUUUUAGUGUGGAAAAAACAAAACACAUCUCUAAUUCUGAAGUGCUUGAUAAAAUUAAAGGUAUUAUGCAAUCCAUACAAAAUCGAACAAAAUUGAAAGAACAGAGGCUUGAGGCAAAAGAAGAAGCAUAUAGUUUAAUAUCUACAGACAUGCUGAAAGAAUUUAUAAAACUUUAUCGUUUUGAUUUUGAAUUCUUUGACUAUACAACAAACCCCUCUUUUAUAAAAACUAGAAUUUUUGUAUCUUUUUCAAAAGAACUGAAAUACUUCAAUAUUUUUAAUUAG